AUGGCCACGUCGUUAAGAAGAGCAGCCUUGUUUAUAGAGGACCUUGCAUUUAAAAGCCCACAUUUUAAUUUGGCUAAGCGUUUGUUAACGCUGGGUCUUUUUCCCAGAGCCAAAUGUAUCAACAACAACAACUUGACCACUCUAGAACCACCAGAUACGUCACCAUCGGUAGAUAAUAACAAAGUAACUACGAACACAACUGCAACAACCGUAGCAACCUCAGCUAAAACAAUCGGAACAAAUACAAAUUGGACAUUAUCAUUGGUUUUUCAAAAUGGAUCCAAUUUCCCUUGGACAGAACACAGCAAUUACAAGUUUUGUGUCACAAACAAAAAAUGCAAAAAAUAUUACUUUGGAGUCAACUUCAACAACAAAUUCGGAAACAACUACAACUUCUGUAACAACAACAACGAACAGAGCAACUACAACAUUGGUGACAACAAAAACAAAUACAGCAACUACUAA